UGAUGCAUGUCGUUUUGUAGCAGACGCCAAGUGUAAACAGCAAAAGGGAUUUGUUGAUGCAAGAACUGUGGUUUUGAAUUUAACAUAAGAAAGCAAGUACUACACAGCUAAACAAAUGGAAGACAACUGCAGAGAAAAUGGCAACCAAAAACAAAAAGGGAAAAGUAAGGUGAGCCCAAAGUUAACACCUAGGAGGGGUAGGAAGAGGAAACAGCGGUUCACUAGUCCAAAGAGGUCUCCAGCUAUAAGUAUACAGGACAGUGGAGGACUUGUUUCUGAUGAAUCGACUGCUGAAUCUGAAGGCAUCCAAAGCCCCAUACACACACCAAAGAGAGCGAGAAGAACUACAAACCUGGAGAGCCCGAGGGGUACCCCACAGCUUGGUAAGCAGAGAAAUUCUUUACGUCAAAAUGGUGACAAACAACCAAUCCCGAACAGUGAAAAUGACAGAAGUUCUGUGGCUGUAUCAGUUGACCAGCCAGUGGGAACACAUGCCAACAGCAUUCCUGCUACCACAGAAACAAGAAAUGGAGAUGGUAUCGGCAGAAAUGGUGACACGACCUCACAUGGACCCAUAGAGCUUGCUACCAACAACAAACCACCAAUAGCAGAACAGGAACAGUCACACCAUUUUCCUGGAAAGGAAUCUGAGGUUCAUAAGGCUUUAGCAGAGGAACCAGAUGUACACCACGAAGACCAGAGUUCAAAUGUUGAACGACCAUGGGUUGCAGGUCAGGAAUUCCUUCCCAGGCAGGUGACCAGGUCUGCUGAUGAGGUUCUGAUGCUUGCUGAACAAGGAGCAGCAGAGGUGAUGGCCAGAAUGAACUGCCUUGAGAAAGACGAAGACAUAUUGGAUGUGGAAGAAAAGGACGCAAGUAAAGGCAACACACAGAUUGAAUCUUUUCCAAGUCAGGACUCAAGGAAAAUUGCAGGUAAAGGAAAACAAAACUAUGUAGCAGCAUAUCAUUGUAAUGAUGCUGAAGAGCCAAGAAAUUUGUAUGCUACUUCUGCAGAUAAUAGGCAAUCAUUGACAAUGUAUGAGCAACCAACAGAAAAUGUAGCUGUCAGUGGUCAGAGAGUGGAGUCUUUGAAUAACCCUCCAAAUUGUGAUCAUUUACCAACAAACGGCAAUUUGCAAAAGACCGGGGAGGCAACAGAUGAAAACUCUGGACAGAAAGGAACCAUUCUUUCUAGUCUGUUGGAAGGUCGUGACCAGGAGUCCUUGCUUGCUGCAGAGCUUCUCACAAGACUGGACCGAGACAUUCAUCUGUCGGAAAUACAGCCGACGAUUUGUCUGGACCAGAAUAACUACCCUAACUAUGCUAACAUGGGUUAUGGUAACCCAAGUCCUUCCCAAAACAUUGGUGUGUCUAAAUACUUGGAGCACCACCAAAAGAAGCUUGGUAGUUCUGGUGUAGAAACUACGAACAAAGAUAAUGGUAUCAAUCUUAGCUUGGAUCCUCCUCCUCCUGGGGAUCAAGAUAGCUGUACAUUUCAAUCUCAACAGUCUGGAUUAAAAGCGGUUGGUGAAAAUGGAGCCGAAAGACUUUCUCCUCCUAGUGAUUCUUUGUCAACACCAGCUACAAGGCAGACAGCAUCACAGAUUCUGUACCAGAACAACAGAACAGGGCAGGAACAGUUGGGUCCAGACUGUCAGAGGCGCCACAGUUUCCAUGGAAUGGUAGAGGCUUCAAGUAUAGAGCAGGGCCGAAUCAAUGUCCCACCCCCACGACACAGUGACCCUGGAGCCCCAGGGUGGGAGCAGAGCCAGAUCAAUGCACCACCCCAACAACACAGCAACUUGGGAGUCCAAGUAUGGGAUCAGGGGCAACAAUCAUACCAUCAACUAGUUAGCCAAGCCAAUCAAAAGGAUCCAUUGUCUUUAUCCAGUGCCUUCAAAGCACCAGAGGACCAGCUGAACAAUAGGUACAGAUAUGGCCAGAUGAUUCCAGAGAACUCCCCUUACCAUCCCCACCAGAACCUUGGACCACAGAAACAGGCCGACAACCCUGGUUUGUAUGACAGGCGGGAUCAGAAUGAUGCUAUUAUCCCUGUAGAACAAGGUGUUUCAUUUGGUCAUAUAGUAGAAGAUCCACAUUACAACGGACUUCCAAGUUUUCAGUCCGGUAACUAUUUGAAUCUCCCUCAGGAGGCCAUCGACAACAUGAUACAGAGUCAGCAGGCAUCAUCCUUUGUUGGAAGUCCUUCCAUACAAGGUCCACCUUUGGCUACUAAUGUUUCCACCCCAGACACAUCUGUUCAAGGAUUUGGAGACUUUGUUAACUAUUCUCGUUCUUCUCAGUCUUCAGAAGAUCAAGUUCAGUAUUUCCGGCCGAUACGAUCUAAAAGUCAAGGACACGAUGAAAUGGUAACACAUAUGGUUAAACGGCGACGUAGAUCAACUCCUGCAAAGACUGUUGACAAUGAUAGGAACCCUGCAUAUGUGGAUGUUGUGAAUAACAGCACUUUCAGGAAACCUCCAAUGCCGUUUGAGCAUGGUCUACAUCAACUUCAAGCUAAAGACAGCGACACAGAUCGUUUCUUCCUGAUCCUGUCGCCUGAGGUAAAUCCAGACGAGGUACGUGAUAUAGGACAUAAAGGCCUGAUUGCUAAAUACAUUGAUUACCUCAUCGUCGAAAAUGAACAGAUCACAGAAAUGUCCAAAGCUGUGUCUAUCCCUAUAGAACACUGCGUUAUGGACGACCCAUAUUUGAUGGACAUCAUUCGGGUGAAGAUUCCGUUUCCGACCCUGAAGUAUUACCAGUGGCUGCGUUCCUACUACCCCAGUAUUCAGAUAGACUGGCUGGCCUUAAACCAUCAGAUGCUACAGUUCCAGCCAGUGGGAGACUGCCGUCCCCAUCAUUACAUUCUAGACAAGCGACCAGCACCAGUCCUUCUUGGGGAAUCCUUCUACUUUUUCCAGCGUGAGCGAGACAGACUGCUUCCUUGCUGAAUCUCAAGCGUGCUAUAAAGUGUACGAUACAUGGAUAAGUGUUUUUAUGAGUAACUUGCUUAUAGUGCUUUCUCAAGGACAUGAUUGUUUCGCAGAUUGUGAAUAGUAUGUCAAAUCAACAAUAUUGGCCAGUAUCAAAUUUAAGCUGUCUAUUUAAAUGAGUGCUGCUAUUUUUUGAAUUUAUGAAAGAUUCAUGUCUGUUAUGACAUAGGUUAAUAGAAAUCUAAAUAGUCAGUGCACUGAUCUCGGCUCAUAUAAAAGGCAAACUAAAGUGGGGGAGAACAGUUCCCAUUUACUUAUACUAAUAAAUAAUCAUUUAUUAAUAAAACAGAUAGAUCAAUUUUAAAUAUAAUUGAAUAUAGGAAUUUAUUUCCACUUCCGCUUGCUAACAGUCUUGCGAUUUUAAAAUCUCUCCGUGAAAUACUAGUGAUACAGUUUAUUUUGUUUAGCUAGGUUUUGAUAAUUUGUUUAUAUAUAUUUAUUGCAAAAUGAUCAACAAAAUGUACACGAAAAGGAUUUGAAUUUUAAAGUACAUUAAAUACUAGCAUUAAAUAUAAAAUGCUCAAUCCAUCCUAAUAUUUUAACGGUGGAAAAGAUAUGUUGACAUUCUUCUAUUCACUUUGUGGUGAAUUUUUUAAUUCGUUGUAACUGUAAUUCUUAUUAUGACUUUGUUGUAUAUUUUCUUC